AUGGCGGCGCCCGUCCUGCUGAGAGUGUCGGUGCCGCGUUGGGAGCGGGUGGCCCGGUAUGCAGUGUGCGCCGCCGGGAUCCUGCUCUCCAUCUACGCCUACCACGUGGAGCGGGAGAAGGAGCGGGACCCCGAGCACCGGGCCCUCUGCGACCUGGGGCCCUGGGUGAAGUGCUCCGCCGCCCUUGCCUCCAGAUGGGGUCGAGGAUUUGGUCUUUUGGGUUCCAUUUUUGGAAAGGAUGGUGUAUUAAACCAGCCAAACAGUAUCUUUGGACUUAUAUUUUAUAUACUACAGUUAUUACUUGGCCUGACAGCGAGUGCGGUUGCAGCUUUAAUCCUCAUGACGUCCUCCAUCAUGUCCGUAGUGGGGUCUUUGUACCUGGCCUACAUCCUGUACUUUGUGCUGAAGGAGUUUUGCAUCAUCUGCAUCAUCACAUAUGUGCUGAACGUCAUUCUUCUUAUCAUCAACUACAAACGACUAGUUUACUUGAACGAAGCCUGGAAACGGCAACUGCAGCCCAAGCAGGACUGACCGCCUGACGAACUCUUUAACUGACAGUCUGAAGUCCCUUUUUCCAUUAAGUUUAUUUUGCAGCAGUUUGGUUUUUGUUUUUUUUAAUUAUUAUUAUUAUUAUUCUUCACAACAGACACUUUCCCUAAGAAUCUUAAACUGAUUUUUAAAAAUCCUAUAAAUUAGAAGGGGCUCUAGCUAUUUUCUGUGUCAAUUUUCAUUUUAAAUAUGGAUACAAAAAAAGGAUACACCAAGCCAAUCAAAGACAAGCUUUAACUUUACUUUGGAGAUGUUUCUGAAUGGUAAAAUGUAGCCCUAGCCCCUUCCCCUCAGUUGUAAAGUGAGCAA